AAUUACAGUUUAAAUGUCGACAGAAUAAACGUAAAUUUUCAACUUACAUUGUUGCCUCAGGACAUCAAUAUGGAGCUGGAGAAGGCAUCUUGCACUACUUUUUUAAGAUAGGUUGGCUUAGUGAGGCUCCUGCAAUACCUGUUUUUGGAGAUGGAAACAAUUUUAUUCCAACCAUUCACGUUCUUGACUUAGCAGCAGUGUUACAAAAUAUAGCAGACCAUAGGCCAAAGUCCUACUAUAUACUUGCAGUAGAUGCAUCUAUGCACACUCUUCAAGAAUUAAUAAAGUGUAUCAGUAAAAAUGUUGGACCAGGAAAAAUUGAGAAGAUUCCAAAAGAAAAUGCAUUCCUGAGCAAAGAGUUAACACAAAUGCAUUUGGACAUGUUGCUUGUGAACCUGCGAAUGGAAUCCAUGUUUCUGAAAGACACUUUCAACAUUAAGUGGGCUGCUGAGGCAGGACUGGUGGCAAACAUUGAAAAAAUCGUCAAGGAAUACAAGCAAAGUCGAGGAUUACAGCCUCUCAAAGUUUACAUUCAUGGUCCUCCUGGGGUUGGCAAGUCCACCAUUGCUGAAGAGCUCUGCAAACACUACAAGCUACAUCACAUUAAGAUAAAUGAUAUGAUUUCUGAAAAAAUAGUAAAUCUGGAGAAAAUUGUGGCUCCUAAAGAACUGGACACUGACAGUGUAGGAGAAGAGGGAGAAGAUGAUGAAGAAGAGGGUGAAAAUGCAGAAGAAGCACAUGGAUUAUUAGCUAGAGUAAAAGAAAGCAUGGAGCAGAAUGCAGGUCAUCUAGAUGAUCAGUAUGUUGUUAAAUUCCUAAAGGACAAGCUCAAUUCUAUGCCUUGUAGGAAUCAGGGAUAUGUUUUAGAUGGAUUCCCAGAGACCUAUAACCAGGCAAAAGAUCUUUUUAAUUUGGAAAAUGAAGAAGAAAUUAAAGGCAAAAUACCUGAAUAUGAUAAAAUAAUCACACCUGAAUUUGUUAUUUCUUUGACUGCAUCUGAUGAAUUCCUUAUAAACAGAAUAAUAAGUCUGCCAGAGAGCGUUGUUGCUGGAACUCCUUAUGCCCAGGACCACUUCUUGCGGUCUCUGAAUCUCUUCAGAGAGUUCAACACAGAGGAUGCGACUGUUCUCAACUAUUUUGAUGAACUCGACAUACUUCCGCAGUUUAUUGAUGUAGCCAAAUUUGAAGAUCCUGAGAACAGAUUUAUUUUACAAGAGAUCAUCAAGGAAAUUGGGGAACCUCGGAAUUAUGGUUUGACAGAUGAAGAAAAAGAGAAUCUGGAACUCAAGGCAGCUGAGGAAUGCCUGGCGAAAGAAGCUCAAGAAAAAGCUGAACAGGAGCGAAUAGAAGCUGAGGAAAGGGCUGCAAGAAUGGCAGAUUGGGAAGAAUGGAAUAAACAUCUGGAGGAAGUGAAAAGACAAGAACAAGAGUUAUUGGAGGCCCAGUCCGCUCCACUACGGAAUUAUUUAAUGAAGAAUGUCAUGCCAACACUUAUACAAGGAAUAAAUGAAUGCUGUAGGAUCAGGCCAGAUGAUCCAGUAGAUUUUCUGGCAGAAUAUCUCUUCAAGAACAGUGCUGAUAUGGAAUGA